AACUACUGAUGCGUGACAACUGUGAGACAGGUAACUUUACAGGUAAAAGAGGAAAUUACCUUUCGAUCCGUCGUAUAAACAGACUAGUAAUUAAAUAUUACAUAUUUCAUUGAUAUGUAAAAAGAUUUGUUUAUAAAUUGUAACCCUCAGACAUUCUCAUAACGAGAAACAACUUGUUUCGGAAGUGGGAAAUGAUAUUGACAUUGUGAUGUCCAUUUCUACGUGGAAAUGUAUGAAUACCGGCAUGUGAAAUGAAGUAUGGAAUAGAAAUUUUGAUCGUACGUGUCUGUGAAUUGUAACCUACGCCCUAACUACAAAUAAAUAUACCAAUAUUGGAUAAUUUUAUAACCAGUAGCCAUGGUUUGUACAACACUGAGAACAGUAACCGAUGACACAAUCAUAUUAUCAAAUUAUAGUGUUUCUGAAGGAAUCCUGGUGCAGGUUGGAUGUCGGGAGUUUGGACAAAGACUUACUACUGGAGCAAAAGUGUUGACAUGUUCGAGUAAUGCUUGGAGUCCUGCUCAAACGACUUUUAAAUGUGAAUGGAAUGGAGAAUUAACUACUUACGAAAAGUUGAUAAUUGGUCUGUCUUCAGCUGGUGGUGGAGUGUUGUUAUUUGGUUUUCUGCUAAUAUGCUGCUUAGCCCUGAAAUACAGACGAGACGGGCGAGAGAAAGACAGUGACGUUGACAGUUAUCCGCCGUCUGCUAUCAAUGAAAAAGUUGGCUAUGCACAGUACGGUAAUGGUGGAGGCGGUGGUGGUGGUGGCAUUCGUGGCUACAGACCAAGUGGCAAUUACGAGAAAAAGAUAACAUCAGAACCACGUAAUGACUUCCGAACGGACCCUCGUUAUGAUUCAUCAAAGCGUGACCCCAUUCUAUGGUCAGGUCACGGUUCGAAUCCUAAUCCGUCAAGGGAAACAGGACGACCAGAGCCCGCAGACGGAUAUCAAUUUUAUUCUGGUAAAAAUCCACAAAAUCCAUCAUCCCAAUAUGAUAACAGAGCAUUUGAACGGAACGACUACGACAGAAGUUCCGGAUAUCGAGACACUGGUUACCAGGGUACAAAUUACCAACAAGGCAAACGAGAGGAUUAUAGAUGGAACUAGUAAAACGGAAUGGACAGUUACCUCGGGCUCAUAUGGCGCGUGAUGAUCGAUACAACAGACAAUACUAGCACGUGACAGCACAACAUUCUCCCGCUAUAUGGCUAUCUUCAAAACAAAUUUCAUCUGAAAUGUACAAGCACAACACAUGUCAUUCAUUUAGGCUCACGUGCCAGUAGUUACUUGUGGGUGUGACAUGAAAAGAAUAGUCACUCAGUUUUGGAGAUAGCAAUUAAAAUAGUGUCUACAAAUUUUUCGCAAUAAACCAUUUGAUAUUAGGUGCUUGAGACAUAACCUUCCGCCCAUAUCAGGCAUGAGUUCCGGCCAUCUUUGGAAAGAUUGCCGGAUAAACUUUGUACAUACUCUUUCAAACACAACUGAACCUUCCGCCAUAUCUGGCCAGAUAUCCGGGUAAUCUUCUGCCAUCUUUGGAAAGAUUUCCGGAUAAACUUUGUACUCCUUUGUAUUAGUAUGCAAAAAGAAAUCUCAAAAGAUUUUUAUAUGCAAUUUCUUAAUCUACAGAAAAUGCUCAAAUGAGAACACCGGAUACACACUCUUUUAGUAGAAAAAAUAAAGCGCUGUAAAAAUUAAAUACACAUUGGGACCAGUUGGCAUCCCUUCUAAUAACUGACAUAUAAACUCGAAAUGUAUUUAUGCUAGAGAUUUCGUUGAGAUCUAUUGUUUUAGUCAUGUAUCCAUUGCAGUAACAUAAUAGCAGCUGGAGGUUUAGGGAAUCUUGAAAUUUAGAAACAUAAUUGGCACUUUUUUUACUGUUUUAUUUUUUUCUAUAGAUUUUACGUGGAUAUUUUAUAAAAAUACAAGUCUCUUCAACUACCCUUUGAACAAAUAGCAAAGGGUUCAACCAAACUUAUCGAUCUGCAAUCAGAUUAAUGUACUGUCAAUGGUAUUUUCAAACGUGUUGUAGGUAAUUAGAAAUUUCUAAUAGUAUUAUACAGGGUACAUUCUUAUGAGAAGAAAAUAUCUUUAAAAAUAGUAUGAUAUGAUAUUACUUUUAGUAUUAUUAAGCUGUUAUUUUGAUUACUAUGUGAAUGAUGCAAUUUUGAGGAUAUAUAUGUUUUAUAAAGACACAUAAAGCUUGGGCAAAAUAGUUUAACAGUGUUUUAUAUCCACAUAUUUACGCCAAACAUCAUUUACAACGAAUCAUUUCAUCAUCAUUAAAUAUAUUCGAUAUUAAAUAUGUAAACUGUCCUAUAUAGAAUGUAAAACUAGUUCAUACGAAGCUAGAGAUAUAAUUCUGUGUUGAUAAUUCAUUACUAGGUGGGCUGUCUUGUAAUUACUGCUAAUAAUCUCGCUCUGUUAAGCUGGAUUAAGCAGUGCCUAUCCACAUUUAAAUUGUCCAUAACGUUUUCAAGAAAUUAUAAAAAAAAAUGUAGUUCUUACAUUCAACGAAACAGCCAGGGGCGUCGCAGAAGACUGAAAAGUAGGUGGGUGCAUGGGGACUUCUAAAAGUGACAAGCAAAAAGAAAUUCAACUUUUAAACUGUUGUAUAGUGUUAGUCAGCGUCCUAUUUUUUUCCUUUUUCAGGACGAUGAACCCCUUGUCCAAUGGCUCAUAUGCCAAUUGACAGCAAAUGAUCUUCAAUAUUUUAAGACAAAUUUUUUGAUUUAAACAUGACUUAAAAAUAUUAUUACUGUCAUAUUACACGCUAAACAUGUGAAAAAAAUACAUCAUGAUCUGAAGACAUCUCAAGACACUGUCGGUCACUUCAUAGGCAACGAUCCACACGAUAUAAUGUUUUCUAGUUUUUAAAAUAUGCUAGUGUUACAAUAAUAUCGUCUUAAUUUUUUAAGUUCACUAGAACUGCUUUGAUGGAUUUCGUUAUCAAAAUUAUGGAUACGGAAUUAUUGAAUACCACAGGAUUAUUUUCUAUGCUUGAUUCAAACUAUGUGUAAAAUGUAUAUCAAACUUGUUAUUUACAUAGAUCUGUGUAAUAUAUUGUUACAGUUAAGUUAUAUGUGUACAUAUGUGUCAUAAUAUGAGACCCUUUAAGAUUUAAACAUAUUUUCUUAUUAAAGAUAUUUUACACACACGUAA